AUGCCCGCCAUGCUCAAGUUGGCAUGCGUGGACGUCCGGGCCAACGAGAUCCAGCUCUUCGUGGGCACUUUGGUCCUGAUUCUCCUGCCCUUGAGCCUGAUCACGGUCUCCUAUGGGUCCAUCGCCCGGGCCGUGCUGAGGAUCAAGUCGCCCCGGGUCUGGAGGAAGGCCCUGGGCACCUGCGGGUCCCACCUCCUGGUGGUCACGCUCUUCUACGGCUCCAUCACGGCGGUCUACGUCUGGCCCGGCAGCUCCUUCUCUGGGACCUGGGACAAGUUUCUGACCCUCUUCUACACCGUGGUCACCCCCACCCUCAACCCGCUCAUCUACACCCUGAGGAACAAGGACAUGAAGGGGGCGGUGAGGAGGAUUCUGGGAAAAGGCCAGAGCUCAGAAAAGGGCUAA